UAAAGGAUUCUGCUUUAGAUAGUACCUGCGAGCAAAGGCUUACCGUUCACUCGUGCGCUUGGUUCCUGCGGGAACAGGGGACCCCUCUAUUAUACCGUUCAUUGUAUUGUAUGACGCUAUACAGAAAUAACAAAUCUCUUCAUAGACAUUGAAAAGCAAAGUGGCCUCAGAGUGAAAUGUAUGUAUAUCUGUUUGUGACUCCAGAUAACCAUGACAUUUGAUGAUGUGGCUUUAUAUUUUUCGGAGCAAGAGUGGGAGAUCCUGCAGAAAUGGCAGAAGGAAAUGUAUCAGCAAGUGAUGAAGGCCAAUUAUGAGACCCUUGACUCCUUAGGCUGUAUCUGGUCCAAGCCAGUUUUGAUCACUUCUAUAGAACAAGGGAGAACGCUAUUAAUCAGAGAUCAGGGAAGCUUAGACAAAACAAGAAAGACAACUGGCUCUUGCACUGAUGACCUGUUGGACUUGAAGAAUACUGGAAAGCCACCAUGUCUUGAUAACCAAGGACCUCUCAGGACAAGAGAGGAGGGAUGCCAUUUAAAUGGUCUUCAAAAGCAGGACUUGUGUGCUACCUUGCCCGGAAACGAAAGAAGGGAUUUAUGUGAUCAAAGAGCUACCUUACAAUCUCCAAGUCUCCAAGAAACAGAGACUCUAAAUCAAAAAGUCCACAGCACAGCAUCUAAUCCAGACAAGGAAGAUCCAUGUCAUAAGCCUCCAGAUAUUCCGGGUCACUUGGAAAGUCUGCCUGAACCAAGAUUUUAUUCCUGCUCUACCUGUAGGCAAGUCUUCCAGGUCAAGAAUGAGCUGGUAAAGCACCAGAGGAGCCACUCCAGGAAGCAGCCCCGUAAGUAUCCAAAGCACAAGAAUAAACCCAGAGGGAAUUCUGAAGUCGCUUGGCCCCCAGUGUUCCUGUGCAGAAAGAAGCGGUUCCAGUGCAGUGCCUGUGAGAAGAGCUACUAUUUGAGGUGCAGUCUGAUCACUCACCAGGUCGUCCACACAGGGCAGCGGCCCUUCCCGUGCCCAGAAUGUGGCAAGGCCUUCCGCUACAAAGCUGACUUGACGAAGCACCUGUGUUUGCACAAAGGGGAAAGGCCAUUUCGCUGUGAGGAGUGCGGCAAGGGUUUCGUGCAGCAGUGCAAGCUCACCGAGCACCUGCGGCUGCACAGCGGGGAGAAGCCCUUCCCGUGCGCAGAGUGCGGCCGGAGCUUCCGCCUGAAGAGGAGCUUGAAGGCCCACCUCUGCCAGCACAGCGGGAAGAAGCCUUUCCACUGCGCGGAGUGCGGCCGGAGCUUUUCUCGCAAGGCAGCCCUGAAGACCCACCAGAGGACACACAGCGGAGAGAAGCCCUUUUCUUGUGACCAGUGUGGGAGGAAGUUCAUCUACAAAACCAAACUCGCCGAGCACAUCAGAGUGCACACGGGCGAGAAGCCCUUUCCGUGCCCUGAGUGCAACAAAAGCUUCCGCCAGAAGAGGAGCCUGAAAGCCCACCGCUUCCAGCACGACGGGCGGAGGCCGUUCCAGUGUCCCGAGUGUGGCCGCAGCUUCUUCUGGAGGAACGCCAUGAGGGCCCACCAGCGUCUGCACAGCGAGGAGAAGCCGUUCUCCUGCGGGGAGUGUGGCAAGAAGUUCACCCGGCCCUCCAAGCUCAUGCGCCACGCCACGGUGCACAGCAGGCCAAAGGAGUUCGCCUGUGGCGAGUGCAGCAAGACCUUUUCCCGGCAGUCCAGGCUCACGCAGCACCUCAAGAGCCACGCCACAGAGAAGCCGUUCUCCUGCGCCCAGUGCAGCCGGCGCUUCCGUCGAUGCACGCAUCUCACCGAGCACAUGCGGCUGCACGGCGGGGAGGAGCCGUUCCAGUGUCCCGAGUGUGACAAGCGCUUCUUCUGGAAAGCCUCCGUGAGGUCGCACCAGCGGACGCACAGGGAGGAGAAGCCCUUCGCGUGCGGUGAGUGCAGCAAGACCUACACCCAGCAGUCUCAGCUCACGGAGCACCUGCGGGUCCACAGUGGGGAGAAGCCCUUCCAGUGUCCCGACUGUGACAGAAGGUUCCGUCUCAAAGGAAAUCUGAAAAGCCACCUGCUCCAGCACAGUGGCGAAAAGCCAUUCUCUUGUGUGAAGUGUGACAAAAGUUUCACCCAGCAGUACAGGCUCACGGAGCACGUGCGGGUCCAUAGUGGGGAGAAGCCUUUCCACUGCCCGGAGUGUGGCAAGAGCUACUGCACCCGGGGCAGUUUGAAGGCCCACCUACACACGCACAGCGGAGAGAAGCCGUUCCAGUGUCCAGAGUGUGGCAAAGGCUUCCUUCAGAAGAGGAGUUUGGAGAGCCACCUGCACCAUCACAGCAGGGAGAGGCCCUUUUCUUGUGCUGAGUGCGGAAGAAGCUUCACCUACAUGGGGGCCCUUACCACGCACAUGACAGUCCAUGCCAGGGAAAAGGCCCCCCGGCAAGCUACAUAGCAGUCACACAGUGACCGCCUUUAGGUGGAGCCGGCCAGCUCUGUGUGCUGUGCCUGAAGCAGAGUAAAGAAUUCACAGACUGCUGCCUACAGACAUCCUGGCCACAUGCAGUCAGGAGCACCUGGUGGCUCCUUGACAAAAGGUGCAGAUAAUCCAGGCAAAGAUGGUGGAAGAAAUACUGCCGGUCAUGGAAGAAACAUUGUAUACCCAUCUGCUAGUAUAAAAGAUUUUUCAGUGCCAUGGAAGCCUGUGAUAUUCUUGUUACUAAAUUGGCAACUGUGGCCUGAACAAAGAAGUGUUACAAGCUAGAACUUUUCCCCACAUCCACCUCCACCAGCUUUUCCAUUACCAGGCCUCUUUAUUUAAAUUUGUGUUGGACUCUCCAGUUUGCUCUCAGAGUAGAUUUUCAUUACCUCUCAAAUGGUGAGAUAGCAUCUGUUUCUUGGGGGAAUUUCUCUGUGUUGCUGAAAAUAAAUGUUGUUCAUCAACCCAUUUGUUAAAAUGA